UACCAUAAAACAUGCUUUGCAUAAAGAGAAGCAAGCUUUGAGUAAAUGAGGCAAAAAACCCUCUGGCUAAGCAGACGUGCAGAGACUUGCUAUGAUCGGACCGUUCUGUAAGGUCUCAGCUAUGUGUCUCUUGAAUCAUCGUCUACAAAAGUCUUUUUAAAAGGUUUUACCUGGUCCACUCUCGUAUUUGUCAAACAAAUAUGAAAUAUUUUGUAUUAUAUUUAAUCUUAUAAUAAAGUAAUUUUGUCUAAUCCUUAAAAUGCCCAUUAAGAUCAUUUAAAUAUAUUUGAGCGAUGUAACGCAUAUCAAUUGGCUUUGACGCGCAUACAGCAUGAGGGGCUGUGUCAUCAUACGACCGGAAAGUCAACCUCAACACAUGUUUAAAACGGCAAAGGUUUUUAGAAGUUUGCGCCUCGAGGGUGUGGCGUCAAGUCAAUGACGUUGUUUCUUCAGUCAACUUUCUCCAAGCAAAGGAACUCGUGGCUCUCAGCGCAUUCUCCCACCGCCUCUCUAAGAACGCGAGACAGCCGAAGAGUGUGGAUGCGCUUUCUGGAUAAGAAAAUGCUCAGAUUAACUCGAUGCCUUUACUGCGGUGUGCAAGGGAACGAGAAAUGACCACUGCGCAACGCACGGACUAAGAAAAGACUUUUCACAAACACUAAUUUAAGCAUUGCGGACGCCUAGGAGUCGUUCCAAGCGCUACACUUCAACAGCAUGUGCGUUUUCUGGGAAUCGAACCCACGGCAGUUACGCUGCUAACGCGACCACGGACCCAUUGAGCUAGAGGGACGCUUUUCGUGUGGUUUUCUCGUAAACAUCCCGACGUAAAGUUGUUUAAGAAAACCUAACUUAGUCGUGCGCACUUCAGAAAUGACUACCCCAUCUUCCAGUAUGGAGGGCAAACACUGCAACGGCAACAUAACUAAUUUGAUGCCAAACGAGGGACCGGCCAUCAGUGCCAUGAUGUUCGCGGCCGGAUUGAUCGGGAAUCUGGUCGCCUUGGUUCUCCUGGAGUGCCGCCGGAGGAAAGAGAGACACCGACAGCGCCAGUCGCUCUUCCAUCUAUUGGUGACCACAUUGGUCGUUACGGACCUUUUGGGGACGUGUUUGGUCAGUCCCCUUGUGCAAACCGCAUAUUUUACUAACACCUCGCUGGUCGGAUUGAGCGAGGGUCGGGAGGUGUGUGAUUAUUUCGCAUUCACCAUGACUUUCCUCAGUCUGUCGACACUUUCUAUCCUCCUCGCCAUGGCGCUGGAGAGGUGCCUCUCCAUCGGGUACCCGUACUUCUAUGGAAGACGUGUCACCAAGCGCUGCGGAUACAUCACAAUUCCUUCUAUAUAUUUAGUGUGCUUUACAUUCUGUUUAAUGCCUUUCGCAGGCUUUGGGGAAUAUGUACAGUAUUGUCCUGGGACGUGGUGUUUUAUCGCCGUGAAUACUGACGGUAAUGAGGACAAGGCGUACGCCAAAGUUUACGCAACGGCGAUGCUGGUUAUCAUUACUUGUAUCGUGGCGUGCAACUGUUUCGUAGUUUAUAACCUGGUGUUGAUGUACCGGAGGCGCAAACACAACCGAGGAUCCGUGAACACUCGGAGUAAAAGGGACAGGAGAUACUUUUCAUGGGCAGAGGAGGUGGAACAUCUCAUACUUCUGGUCUUCAUGACAGUCAUAUUUGUAAUUUGCUCCCUGCCAUUAAUGAUCCGUGUAUACAUCAAUUCCACUGUCCCCAAGUCAGGUAGCUAUAGAACAGAUCUAAUAGCUCUGCGUUUCCUCUCGGUCAACUCCAUCAUUGACCCCUGGGUGUUUAUCUUUCUCAGGCCGUCCGUUAUACGCUUCAUCUGGGGGGCUCUGUGUAAGACCUCCUACAUCCCCUCCAGAAACUCCUUGUUCCAAACAUCCAUCACCAAGAAUCCGGCAGGCCAGAUCGAGCUGACGCAACCCAGUUCCACGUUUGUGGAGAACACUUGUCUCCACAAAUCCGUUCAGAUGGUUUGACAUGUUUCGGACAUAAGGUGAUUUAUUGAUGACAGAGAACCUGGACGCAACAGAGAUUGGAUAUGUGUAUCCGGAACAGUUCUUAGCAGGACUGUUUAGCAUUCCAAGAAAGUUUGGGUGUCUAAAUAUGGGUUUUGAAACCCCCUGAGGUUGUUUGUGAUGGGAGAUAAACACAACUGUAAGGUCAGAUUGAUGCCUUAUGUUCCUACAACCACUACAAUAAUUGUUUUGAGACCAAGGAACUUGCAAACUGUGACCGAUUUUCAAAAGUGGUUUUGGAGUGUCUGUAACGGUUUUAUGACCUGAAGCUAUUAUUUCACAUCAUUGCUCAUUCAUGUUACUUGGAUGUUGUUAUGGUUUACGAAGUCAAAGGUUAAAUGCUACUUUGUCCCAUGCACAUUGGAUGUGUCAUUCAGCGAAUCAUGAUGUGGUUUCCUGUCGAGCAGUUGCAUUAAUGUCAGUGUUCCGGAACACACACUUGUAGCGGCUAUCUGUUCCUAUUUAUUAUAUCAACAAGCAGUAUUUAUUGUUCUUUAAUGUAUGUUGAUACAACAGUAAAACAGUGACACAUCUCUCGCUUGAAAUGCAGGCUGCCAGGAUGGUAAUGAAUUAUUUCUUUCAUGUGAAAGAUUAUCGCUGUAGAAAAUGUUUAUGUUUUUGAUUCUACAAACAUGACUUAUGCGGGUGUUGUACAGUAGCUGUAAAUAUAUAAUUUAAAGGCCUGUUUUAUGGUGUGUGGUUAUUUGUUUUCUUUGCCUUUGAAGAUAUUGAAUGCACUGACUUGUAAAAUAACGUGACGUGUUGUGUCUGUGCAUGUUGUACAUAGAAUUUAUGGUGUGUGGAUAUUUGCUUUCUUUGCCUUUGAAGAUAUUGAAUGCACUGACUUGUAAAAUAACGUGACGUGUUGUGUCUGUGCGUGUUGUAGAAUGUAUGGAGUUGCAUCUUAUACUACUUUGACCUUAUAGAUGAAUAUUGCUGUAUUCAAUUGUAAAGCAAAAAUGUAAAGCUAAGGGAAAAUGACCCUAAAAUGAAAAUUCUGUAAACUCUUGUCAUUUCUAACCUUUAUGACUUUCUUUAUUCGACAGAACACAAAAGAAGAUAUUUUGAAGAAAGUUUGUUAGCAAACAGUAUUGGCCCCUAUUCACUUCUGUUGAACGGACACAAAACAAAUGCAAGUGAAUGGGGGCCAAUAGCAGACGUUUUUCAAAAUAUCUUCUUUUGUGUUCCGCAGAAGAAAGAAUGUCAUACAGAUUUGAAUGACAUGAGUAAAUUAUGACAGAUUUUUUUUGUGUGGACUAUCACAAGUGUACUCAUCAUAAUGUCAAAAGUUUGUCGGACAUUUUGCUGCAAUGACACAAUCUGGCUUUGCAGUGUUUUUUGCAAAAUAGACAGUCAUUUUUAGGGCAUGGAGUUCACACGGGAAUAUAAGGAAGUGAAUGCCGGUCAACACAACUUGACCUGUCUGACAUUUUCAUUAGUCAAUGUCAGAGUGUUGCCGUAAAAGUUAUGAUUUUUAAAAGUUAAAACACAUCACAGAGCAUGUCUUGUUUUUUUAUUCAGAAAAAAAAAUUCAGAAGCAGUGAAAUCUGUAUAAGCAUCCAUAGUCCUCAUCAAAUACAUAUGGCGACAGAGCAAGACCAGUUUUCUACUAAAUUGACUCUUAUGUAUUCAUUGUUCGGUUACCAUGAGGCCAACCCUAUAUCGUGCACAAAAAUAAUCAUUCUAUUUUCUCAGGGAGUCUGAUGAAAGUAACUACUUAUGAUUUAAAAUCACUUAGCUGUAGCAGAGAUGAUCAAUACAACAUUGUGCUUGUGGGAACGUGAGGUUAUUGGGAGGCAUGUGUAGAAUAAGAACAUGCGAAUGUUUAGACAACAUCGCAGGGUCUGAUGGUCAUGACAUUGGCCCUAUGGGACUGUGGGAAGCGGGACAGAGAUCUUGAUGUAGCUUGGCUUCAUUUGGAGCAAAUUCAAGCAAACCUCAGUUGUCAUGGUGACGUUAAUGGCGCAGAAAAUACAGCUUGCGGUCAUACGAGAUGUCACGAGAGCUGUAAUGUUCUGCGGUCCGUUCAGCUUUGUGACAAGAGAACCUAAAGAGGUGUCAGGGAAUAACCUUUGCUCUGCGGUUGCUUUUCAUGUAGUUCCAGAUGGAUAUAUUCAAGUACUUUUAAAAAUUAAAUAGACAAAAAUUAAAUCAAAAAAUGUAAAUUAAUUUUUAAAUAAUUUACUAUAGCAUAGCUAUUACUCACUUUAUCUCCUAUUUAUUUUCUGUUUGUCAUAUGUUUGUCAUACAUACAGGAGCAGUGCUCCUCAUUUUACAGAAAGCUUCUCUUUGAUUUCUUUCCUCUAUAGAGAGUUAACGGUCUCACCUAAAGAGGCUUUUUUUAUCUCCUGAUGUACAGACACAAUGAGGUGUCGGUGUGAUUUGUUUCUGUGUUUCCCAUGAUGUAUGUUUAUUUGCCCGUGGCCUGUGCAGUGACUUUAUGAUAGUAUGUGUGCAGAAUGUCUAUUGAUCUAGUCCAUCGAUACAGAAUGCCAUUUUCACAGCCUUAAUAUCUCAUUAAAAUGGCUGCACAAGCUGUUUCAGAGUUGAUAUAGUUGUAGACCUGCUAAUCUAAUGAACCAUAUGCAGAAACUGUGGUCAUGACCUGUGGACAUCUUGUUUUGUGAAGGUAAUUGCAUGUCAAACAUCAUUUGAAAUAAACCGGUACGAAAACA